CUAGAUUAACACCUUAGAUUUAUGGGAGAACUGAGAAUUUCCCUUCAACCAAAUGAAAAGGUUUCCAAUUUUGUGAUCAAACGCCAAGAAAUGAUUGGCGUCUCUCAAAAGCAAGAAAUCUAUAUCGAACAAGAACGUUGAGCACUACAAUGAAAAACUGUUGCGUGUUCUAAUGGAACCUAAACAAAUUUCCUUACCAGAAAAAGCAAGGUACAACGGUCUUCGAUGAGUUACAACACGACGCUACUCAAGUCCCUUCUUCAGAACCCCUCCUCUAUCAAAUCGAAAUCGCAAGUGAAACAAAUCCAUGCCCAGAUCAUCAAGUGCAAAGGAGUUCAUUCGUCUCUCAUGGAUGCUAUCAUUUCUCUAUACUCAAAUCUGGGUCUUCUACAGGACUCUCUCCUCAUCUUCAACCUGUUUCCUUCACCUUCAAUUGUUGCUUGGAAAUCUGUCAUUAGGUGCUAUACUUCUUGUGGGUUUUUCCUUCAAUCUCUUCUCUCUUUCAUCGAUAUGAGAGCUUCGGGCAGGUGCCCAGAUCACAAUGUCUUCCCUUCUGUUCUCAAAUCCUGUGCCUGUUUAAUGAAUUUGAAACUGGGCGAAUCAAUUCAUGGCUGUAUUAUUCGUCUUGGUAUGGAUUUUGAUCUUUACACCGGCAACGCGCUAAUGAACAUGUACUGCAAGCUGCAGUGCCUUGGCGAAGUUGGUGCACCCAGAUAUCAAACUGGGAUGUCUUAUAAGAAUCUCGAAAGAAUGAGUAGUAAUUCAAUCGAUCUUAAUAAGCCCAUCAGUGGAACUUGUGAUGGGAAUUCAAAGAAGAAAGUGAUUGUGGAGCAGAAUUAUCACACAAAAAGUUCUGAAUUGAUUUACGAAUUCAAUAAACAGAAUGUGGGUGUUGAUACUAAGGCUAUUUUAGUUCCAACAAAAACAAGUGGAGUUCCUCAAAGAAGACAGACGCAGGAAACACCUUUUAUGAGAAGUGUGCGGAAAGUGUUUGAUGGGAUGCCCAAAAGAGAUCUCGUCUCCUGGAAUACUGUAAUUGCUGGACUUGCACAGAAUGGGAUCUAUGAAGAAGCUUUAAUGAUGGUUACGAAGAUGGGAAAUGCUGGUCUGAAACCUGACUCCUUCACUUUGUCUAGCGUCCUUCCUAUAUUUGCAGAAUAUGUGGAUGUUUCUAAAGGAAAGGAGAUCCAUGGGUAUGCUCUAAGACAUGGGUUGGAUACAGAUGUUUACAUUGGAAGUAGCUUGAUUGACAUGUAUGCUAAGUGCACUAGGGUGGAUAAUUCACGUUGGGUGUUUUUUCUUUUACCGCAGCGUGAUGCGAUCUCAUGGAAUUCUGUCAUAGCUGGAUGUGUACAGAAUGGAUUGUUUGAUGAAGGAUUCAAGUUGUUUCGUCAAAUGUUGAUGGCCAAUAUAAAACCUCGGCAUGUCACCUUCUCAAGUAUCAUGCCUGCUUGUGCUCACUUGACAACCCUACAUCUGGGGAAGCAGCUCCAUGGGUACAUAAUUAGGGGUUGGUUUGAUGAUAAUGUGUUUAUUGGUAGCUCUCUCGUGGAUAUGUAUGCCAAAUGUGGUAACAUACGCAUAGCUCGUAGGAUCUUUGAUAAGAUGGAGUCACCUGAUAUGGUAUCAUGGACAGCCAUGAUCAUGGGAUAUGCUUUGCAUGGGUCUGCCCAUGAUGCCCUUUCCUUGUUCCAACAGAUGGAGAUGGAGAAUGUAAAACCCAAUUAUGUUGCAUUUGUUGCUGUUUUAACUGCUUGUAGCCAUGCCGGAUUGAUAGAUAAAGCAUUGAUUCUUUUUAACAGUAUGAUACGUGAUUAUGGCAUUGCUCCAGGAAUAGAGCACUAUGCUGCUGUUGCAGACCUCCUUGGGCGUGCAGGAAGGUUGGAGGAAGCCUAUGAAUUCAUCUCUAGCAUGCAUAUAGAACCAACAGGGAGUGUUUGGGCAACUUUGCUGGCUGCUUGUAGAGUCCACAAGAAAGUUGAAUUGGCAGAAAAGGUGGCCUCCAAAAUAUUUGAGCUUGACCCUGAGAAUAUGGGUUCCUAUGUUCUUAUGUCAAACAUAUAUGCUGCUGCCAGCAGAUGGAAUGAUGCAGCAAAACUGAGGAUAACUAUGAAAGGUAAGGGGAUGAAAAAGAAACCAGCCUGCAGCUGGAUAGAAGUCAAGAACAAGCUACAUGCUUUUAUGGCUGGAGACAAAUCCCACCCAUAUUAUGACAGGAUAAAUGAAGCUCUGAAAGUUCUGUUGGAGCAAAUGGAGCGAGAAGGGUAUGUUCUCAACACGGAUGAUGUACUCCAUGACGUUGAGGAGGAGCAAAAGAGAUACAUAUUGUGUAGCCAUAGUGAGAGGCUGGCUAUAGGAUUUGGUAUCAUAAGCACCCCACCUGGAACAACUAUCCGAGUCACAAAAAACCUUCGAGUGUGCUUAGAUUGCCACACAGCAACAAAGUUUAUAUCGAAGAUUGUUGGGAGAGAGAUAGUUGUGAGGGAUGUUUCCCGAUUUCACCAUUUCAAAGAUGGGAAGUGUUCCUGUGGUGAUUACUGGUGAAUCAGGAAAGUGAAAUUGAGUAUUGAAACCUGAUGCUUCAUCUUUGAGCUUGAACAGAAAAAAAAAAGUAGAGCAGUCUGCUUCCUCUCAGCAGCUUAUCCCAGUGGGGAUCAAUAUCCAAUUUAAUGGACUUGGGCUGUAUGCCGGUCACCAGUCUAAUCGACUGACUGAAAUACAAAUUUUUGUGGCGCGGAGAGUCUUAGUCUCAAGUUGCUUGAUCAGGAAAAUGUAGUCCCUUCAAUCAAGCUUUAUCCUGAGAAGCUAUUUGUUCACACCAUAGUCUGAUAAGCAGGGUCAAACUUCAUCAAAGUCAGGCCCAUGGAGAAAGGUAAUUGUACUGGUUCCAUGGUUUUUCUUAAAGAUAAAAUGUUACUCUCUCUACAGUUAAGACUGUUAAGGUCAUUGGACCUGACUGUACCAUUGAAAGGAUUCUUAUGAGUAUUUGGUCUGUCA